AUGAGCGGAAUGAGAGGUCUCUCCGUCUUCAUCAGCGACAUCCGAAAUUGCCAGAACAAGGAAGCCGAGCGACUCCGUGUCGAUAAGGAGCUCGGCAACAUCCGUACAUGCUUCAAAAAUGACAAGGUAUUGACACCAUACAAGAAGAAGAAAUAUGUGUGGAAAAUGCUUUAUAUACACAUGCUGGGUUACGAUGUGGAUUUUGGUCAUAUGGAGGCGGUUUCUCUUAUAUCUGCACCAAAGUAUCCUGAAAAGCAGGUCGGUUACAUUGUCACAUCGUGCUUGCUCAAUGAAAAUCAUGAUUUCUUGAGGUUAGCAAUUAAUGCAGUCCGAAACGAUAUUAUUGGACGUAAUGAGACUUUCCAGUGCCUGGCAUUGACUUUGGUUGGAAAUAUUGGUGGACGAGAAUUUGCAGAGUCGUUAUCACCUGAUGUUCAAAAGUUACUAAUUUCUAGCAGUUGCAGGCCUCUUGUAAGGAAAAAGGCUGCACUUUGCCUGCUGCGCUUGUUCAGGAAAAAUCCUGACGUUGUCAAUGCUGAUGGCUGGGCAGAUCGUAUGGCACAACUUUUGGAUGAACGUGAUCUUGGUGUCUUGACAUCUUCUAUGAGUCUUCUUGUAUCUUUGGUAUCCAAUGACUAUGAGGGGUAUUCCAGUUGUCUACCCAAAUGUGUCAAAACAUUAGAACGCCUUGCUAGGAAUCAGGAUGUUCCUCAGGAGUACACAUACUAUGGUAUCCCAUCUCCUUGGCUCCAGGUGAAAACGAUGAGGGCUCUUCAGUACUUUCCGACUAUUGAAGAUCCCAGCACCAGAAGAUCUCUCUUUGAGGUCCUACAACGGAUAUUGAUGGGGACAGAUGUUGUAAAAAAUGUGAAUAAGAAUAAUGCGUCUCAUGCUGUGCUCUUUGAAGCUCUAUCUUUGGUCAUGCAUCUCAAUGCUGAGAAGGAAAUGAUGUCACAGUGUGUUGCUCUCCUUGGAAAAUUUAUUUCUGUACGUGAGCCCAACAUCAGAUAUCUAGGCUUGGAGAAUAUGACACGAAUGCUGAUGAUCACAGAUGCCCAAGAUAUCAUAAAAAAGCACCAGCCUCAAAUAAUCACCUCUUUGAAAGACCCUGAUAUCAGUAUUCGUAGGCGAGCACUUGAUCUGCUUUAUGGAAUGUGUGAUGUGUCAAAUGCAAAGGGAAUAGUCGAAGAGCUGUUACAGUAUCUAAGCACAGCUGAGUUUGGCAUGCGUGAGGAGUUAUCACUUAAAGCUGCUAUUCUCGCUGAGAAAUUUGCUCCUGAUCUAUCGUGGUAUGUAGAUGUGAUCCUUCAGUUGAUUGAUAAGGCGGGAGAUUUUGUUAGUGAUGACAUUUGGUUUCGUGUGGUACAGUUUGUAACAAAUAAUGAAGACCUGCAGCCUUACGCAGCAUCAAAAGUAAGAGAAUAUAUGGACAAGAUUGCGAUACAUGAAACAAUGGUGAAGGUCAGUGCUUAUAUUUUGGGGGAGUUUGGUCACCUUCUUGCUAGACGACCUGGAUGUAGUGCAAGAGAGCUCUUUGGCAUUUUACAUGAGAAGCUUCCCACAGUAUCGACUCCAACCAUUCCUCUACUUCUCUCGACAUAUGCAAAGCUUCUUAUGCACGCUCAACCUCCAGAUAUAGAAUUGCAAAAGCAGAUUUGGACUGUAUUUAAGAAAUACGAGAGUAGUAUUGAUGUGGAGAUACAACAGCGAGCAGUUGAAUAUUUUGAAUUGAGUAAAAAAGGGGCUGCCUUGAUGGAUGUAUUGGCUGAGAUGCCGAAAUUCCCAGAGCGCCAGUCUUCAUUGAUAAAAAAGGUGGAAGAUGUUGAAGAUAGUGCAGACCAGAGUGCGAUCAAGCUUAGAGCACAACAGCUACCUUCAAAUGCUUUGGUUUUGGCUGACCCCCAACCUGUAAAUGGGACACCCCCGCCUCUGAAGGUUCCAAGCAUAAGUGGAAUCAAACUGGAUCACGAGUCAGCAUCCCAGGCUCAAUCUCAGCCAAAUGGCAAUUUGAGUUCACAAAUUCCAUCAGCAGAUCUCCUUGGCGACCUCGUCGAUCCUCUGGCAAUAGAGGCUCCGCCGGGAGAUAUCUCGAGUCAACAACGUGGUCUCACAGAGGAGGAAGGAAUUCUAGAUGAAGUUGAUGGCACAGCCAUCGUACCUGUUGGUGAACAAACAAACACAGUGGAGCCGAUUGGAAAUAUCGCCGAAAGAUUUCAUGCUUUGUGUUUGAAAGAUAGUGGUGUCUUAUAUGAGGAUCCUUAUAUUCAGAUUGGUGUGAAAGCUGAAUGGCGAGGACACCAUGGAAGACUUGUCCUCUUCUUGGGAAACAAAAAUACUUCUGCUCUUGCAUCUGUUAAAGCUCUAAUACUACCCCCUGCGCAUUUAAAACUGGAACUGUCUCUAGUACCUGAUACCAUUCCUCCUCGAGCACAGGUACAAUGUCCACUCGAAGUGAUGAACAUCCGUCCUAGCAGGGAUGUUGCGGUUUUGGAUUUCUCUUACAAGUUUGGUACAAGCAUGGUCAGUGCUAAAUUACGCCUCCCGGCAGUCUUGAAUAAGUUUCUUCAACCUCUACAAUUGACAUCUGAAGAGUUCUUCCCGCAAUGGAGAUCACUUUCAGGACCACCAUUGAAACUUCAAGAAGUUGUUAGAGGUGUAAGACCUCUUGCUCUUCCAGAAAUGGAAAAUCUGUUCAAUAGUUUCCGGGUGACGAUAUGCCCCGGGCUCGAUCCGAACCCUAAUAAUUUAGUGGCAAGCACAACCUUCUACUCCGAAAAUACAAGAGCCAUGCUCUGUUUGGCAAGGAUUGAAACAGACCCAGCGGACAGGACCCAACUGCGGUUGACAGUAGCCUCAGGAGAUCCUACCCUUACAUUUGAGUUGAAGGAAUUCAUCAAAGAACAAAUAAUCGCCAUUCCAUUGGGCUCUCGAGCCCUGGUUCCAGCGGUGCCAGGACCGGCAGCACCUUUAGCUCAACCACCUAGCCCCGCGGUGGAUGCUAAUGAUCCCGGAGCUCUGUUAGCGGGCUUACUUUGA